AACCGAGCGCACCGAGCGCUGGAACCGAACCCAUUGGAAAUGAUCGAGUAAUAUAAGUUUGUGAACUUUGAUGUGAUGGCGGAGCUGCCGUCUGGGCUCCUGGAGGCCUGCGUUGUGGUUGGAGCUCCCAGCGAUAAACUUCGAGAGAUACAGCAAGUGUGUCUACAGAGAGACAAACACACCAAGUUAGACGAGCUCCCCCUGUUGGAUCCUGAGGUACUGCAGGUCCACGCUCCGCCCUUCGUUUCCAAAGAGUCCAACUCGAACCAUGUGAUUGGUCCAGCUUUUAGCCGCGUGCAGAAAAGAAGAAGCUUCAUCAAAAAGAAGAGGCGAGAUCGUCCUGCAGAGGGAGUGUCUAAUGGAGAUUCACGCAGUCGUGCCGAAACCUCGUCGGCAACAGAGGACAUCAGUGUUCCAAAAGAUCUGGACCUCAUCGCUUUGCCUCAGCUCUGUUUUCCUGGCGGUCUUCAGCUAGCCAGUGAACAGAAAGACGACGCUUAUCACUUCCUGGUUUUUACCGACCUGUUUGGUAAUCGAACCCACGGGGUUGUCGUCCAGUACUACAGAGCUGUCCAGUCUGUUCAGGAAGGUUCUCUGCAGAAUGGCCACAGAUGGAAUGCAGCCAAGUCUCGUCUGUAUGCUCCCUUUGCUGUGUGCAUCAUCUCCAAGUUCCCCUACUACAACGCUCUAAAAGACUGCUUGUCAUGUCUGCUGGUACAGCUGCGGACAGCGAGGCAGGCUGAUGUUGAAGAAGCAAUCAAGGAGUUUUCAGCCAAGCUGUCCCUUGUUCCAUUGCCCCCACCUGGACAGCUGCAUGUGUCUUUCAGUCUUCGUCCUCUUCAAGUGGUUCUCCCGUCCAGAGACGAUGUGGACAGCCCAGUUAUCGACAUCGACCUCCACCUUCCGCUCCUCUGUUUCACUAAUGCAGCUCUGCUCCAGGUGCUCUCCUGCCUUCUCCAAGAGCAGAGGAUUGUUUUUUUCUCCUCUGACUGGGCCAGACUAACUUUGGUUGCAGAGAGUUUGCUGCUCUACCUGCAGCCGUUGUCCUGGCAGCAGCCUUACGUCCCAGUCUUGGCUCGAGGAAUGCUGGACUUCCUGAUGGCGCCGACCGCUUUCCUGAUGGGCUGUCAUGUUAAUCAUUUUGAAGAUAUCGCUGCAGAGACAGAGGACCUGAUCCUGGUGAAUGUGGAUGACGGCAUCAUUCAGACAUCAUGGUCUGAAACCGUGGACCUCCCCACCAUACCUCUGGCUGCAGCAGAGUGCUUCAUUUCAAGGGCAGAGUGCUUACAGCUGCAGUACGAUUUGGAGCUGUGCCACCUGGGAGCAGGAACAGAUGUAAACGGCCUUCGCUCCCAGCGCAGAAACUGGCAGAGAAAACUCAAUAUCCAGAUACAAAACAUCGCUAUGGAAUUGGUGGUCAAUAUUUUCAGAGGGGUCCAGGACUUUUUAAACCAUGAACAUCGAGUUUUUAACAGUGAGGAAUUUCUUAGAACAAGGGAGCCUGAAGACCAGCUGUUUUACAAGAAGGUAUUAGAAACUCAUAUCUUUCACUCGUUCCUGCGGGACAGGCUGAACAGGAAAAGGGACUCCUUCAGCUGCAUGGAGCAGAUGAUACGAAACCACGCACACAGGAAUCGUGCAAUGACUGAGUCUCCACGCCGUCCUCCUAUGUCUGAAAUGUCCAGGAGUGGCUACAGUCGGUACACUAGUCCUGACAGCAGACUGAGCAGGAGACUGGGGGCCAGUCUGCCGAAUCUGGACCAACCCAUGAAGGAAUCCACGGGGGUGAACGCAAAGAGACUACUCUCCGUCCGAAAGAUUAGUCCUGAUAGUGGGUUGAAGUUUCUUCAGAAACCUUUGAAGAUCUUCCGUCUCCCAGAAUUUCCACCUCCAUUGGCCUAUCAAUAUGUUCAGAACUAUUACUCUGACAUGGUUUCAUCAUUGGGGAAGGCUAUUAGUGCGACGCCACCUGAUGAAUCUGCUCUGUUGGCCAGAUACCACUACCUACGGGGCUUGGUGAACACCGUGUCCAACAGGCGCCUGGAUGCAUUGGAGGAUUUUCACAGUCUUUAUAAGACGGAUGCAGAAAUCUUUCCUUCUCAGAUGGUUAAGUCAUUGAUGGAGUCCCUGCCAGAUGUUGAACGGGUCCAGGCGGACAGAAGGCCAGAGAUCAAACGCCUCAUCAGCCGGGUGAAGAGGGAACAGGAGCGGGAGCGUGCGACCCAGGGCUCUGAGCAGGAGGAAGCAGCAGUAAAGCGUUUCCAGCUGCCGAAAAAAUACAUGCACUUAGAGGAGUUUGUGAAAUGUGUCCAGGAGUCUGGCAUCGUAAAAGACCAAGGAACCAUCCACAGACUGUUUGAUGCCCUAACUGUAGGUCACCAGAAGCAGGUUGGUCCGGACUUAUUCAGGGUGUUUUACACCAUCUGGAAGGAGACCGAGGCUGAGGCUCAGGAGGUGAGUCUGCCAGCAUCUGUGUUGGAGCACAUUGAUGCCACCGAGUGCGUCUUCAAGCUGUCGUCCUCUGUCAAGACGAGCCGCGGUGUGGGCAAGAUUGCCAUGACUCAACGGCGACUUUUCCUGCUGACCGACGGACGACCAGGAUACGUGGAGGUGGCGCAGUAUCGGGAUCUAGAGGAGGUGAAAGUGUCCUCGGCUCCCUUCCUGGUUCUACGCAUCCCCAGCCUGAAGAUUCGUGUUCAUGGAAGGAAGGAGGCGUUCGAGGCAAACCUGAAGACAGAAACUGAGCUUUGGAAUCUGAUGGUCAAGGAGAUGUGGGCGGGGCGAAUGAUAGCUGACCAGCACAAGGAUCCACAGUAUAUGCAGCAGGCUCUGACCAAUGCCUUGUUGAUGGACGCUGUAGUGGGCAGCCUUCAGAGCAGUAAGGCUAUCUAUGCUGCUUCUAAACUGGCUCGCUUUGACCGCAUGAAGCUGGAAGUUCAAAUGAUGGUUCCCACAACUACUGCAGAGACGCUGAAACAUAAAAUAAACCCUUCAGUGGAACUUGCUGCACCCCAGGCUGUAGAUGUGUUGUUGUACACCCCAGGUCAGUUAUGGGUGUCUGUGGGUGGAGGAAAAGUGAUGGUCUUUGAUGCAUCCAGCUGGUCUCUCAUCCAAACCUGUCAAGUUGGGAAUGCAAGACUGAACUGCAUGCUGGAAGUUGACAGAGACCAGGUCUGGAUGGGAUCUGAGGACUGUGUUAUCUACAUCAUCAGUAUGGUCUCCAUGGUCUGUAAUAGACAGCUGACUGAGCACAGGGCAGAGGUCACCGGACUUGCACUGGACACUGAAAAAUACAGCCAGAAGGUGGCGUACUCCUGCAGUGCAGAGGGAGCGGUCAUGGCGUGGGAUGUCUCAACUCUACAGGUGAAGAAACAAUUUCGUCUUUCCUGUGAUCGUCUGCAGUCUGUCAACAGCUGUGGUGGAGCUCUUUGGUGUUGCUCUAGAGACAGUAUAAUGGAGGUCUGGAGGAACGGUUCAAUAAAACAGCGUAUACAUCUGCCAGAGCAUCACAGAGUCACCUAUAGCUCCGCUCUGCUCCUACCUGAGAGUGAAGAGCUUUGGAGCGUGUGCUUCGACUCUGCAGAGGUGUAUAUUUGGCACAUUAAAAACGCCGUCAAACCUUUCCAGCGGGUGAUGCUGCAGGACUGUAGUGGAUGUUACUGCAUGAUUCAAGUCAAAAACCAGGUUUGGGUUGGAGGUAUAGGACGCAGUUCUACCAAAGGGAAAAUCUACAUCCUGGACACGGAGCGUUAUGAAGUCCUGAAGGAGCUCCAUGGCCACAUCGACAAGGUGACGGCGCUCUGCUCGGCUGAAGACCGGUACGUCCUCAGUGGAUCCGGUAAACAGGACGGCAAGAUCGCCAUCUGGAAGGUGGAGGAAAGGGUCCCGGAUUCAAGCAAUUGUUAGAGCGGCUCUAAAUUCUUUUAAAACUCAUCUUGAACUAUGAAGGAGGAAAACAAAUGAAGGAAAUUUCAAUAAAAGUUGAUAAACUGCCUGUAAAUGAAGGAAUCCUAUGUGAAGCAAUGAGGUUACAUGAAGUAUCAGCAUGUUUGAAGCUAUUCAAUUAAAAAAUACUUUAUUAAUCCCAAAGGGAAAUUAAAUGUUGCAGUGACCCAUAGGUUACUUUUUAUCCAGGUGUUGUAAACUGUUGGCAGGAAGGAUCUUAUAGAGGUCUGUCUGGCAGUGGAUCUGGAGAUGCCUCUGACCGAAGAAACUCGGUUGUUUAAAAAUCUUCUGAAGAGGAUGCUCUGUUUUCCAUAAUUUCCAGCACUUGAUGAAGAAUUCUUCUUUUAGAAAUCUCUAGAGGUUCUAGAGGAGUUCCUAGAACAGAGCUGGCCUUCU